GCGCCCCCAACGGCCCCCCAACCGCCGCCCAGGCCCGAGGGCGCCAUGAGUAGCCCGCGCUGCGCCCCGCUGCUGCUCCUGCUGCUUCUGCCGCCGCUGCUGCCCAAGCCCCCCGCGGGGGACGCCGCCGUCAUCACCGGGGCCUGCGACAAGGACCCCCAGUGUGGUGGAGCCAUGUGCUGUGCUGUUAGUAUCUGGGUUAAGAGCAUACGGAUUUGCACACCGAUGGGCAAAGUGGGAGACAGCUGCCAUCCGCUGACUCGUAAAAACCAUUUUGGAAAUGGAAGGCAGGAAAGAAGAAAGAGGAAGAGAAGAAAAAGGAAAAAGGAGGUUCCAUUUUUUGGACGGAGACUGCAUCACACGUGUCCAUGCAUGCCCGGCUUAGCCUGUUCACGGACUUCGUUUAACCGAUACACUUGCUUAGCCCGAAAGUAACCACUUCAGAGGAGAAACUUUAAAUGUGAACAGCCACACGAUGUCCGUAAAGUCUGUUUACCUGUGAUUGUACCAAACAAAUAAUAUGCCAGAAAGAAAUGCUACUGCUUCCUCAACUUUCCAAGUAACAUUUUCCUCUUUGAUUUUUAAGUGAUGUGUUACUUUUCUUUUUUUUUUAAUCGAAAGCGGACUUAUGUUUUGAAUAGAAAUG